AUGCCUCAAUGCAAAGAUGACCAUCCUGCAGUUCGCGUAUUCACAGUUUGUGAUGAAUCCAAAUACUUGAUUGUGAGGAAUGUUCCAUCAUUGGGUUGUGGUGAUGAGCUCUUGAAAUUGUUCUCUACUUAUGGACAAGUUGAAGAAUGUAAACCAAUGGAUGCAGAAGACUGUGAGCCAUACACCGAUGUUUACUGGAUCAAAUACUAUCAGGUCGACAAUGCCAGGUUUGCCAAGAGGAAACUUGAUGAAUUCGUUUUCCUAGGGAAUCGGAUACUAGUAUCAUGUGCACCUCAAUAUGAGACCCUCUCUGACACAAAGGAGAAGUUGGAAGGGAGGAGAAAGGAAGUUCUAGCAAGAUUGAACCCUAAAAGAUCCCGAGGGUCUUCAGUUUCCAGGGUACAUGCGGUUAGUGAUCCUUUACCUGCCCAAACAUCUGAAUUCAUUCAAAGGGAGUUCAGGGGGAACAGUGCUCAUGAUGGAGAUUCAGCUCCCAGGACAUCAGUUUCUUCUGACAAGGAAUAUUUCUCAUCACAAUCCAUGAAUCAAACGGUUCAAUUCGUCAGGGAGAAGUUGAAUAAGAUACAAUCAAGCGUGGAGCAUGUACAAGCUGGUUCUACUAAGAGACCACGGGUAGAUAAUAGAAGAAGAAUCUAA